CACCCACUCAAACUUGAGCUUCCUUUAUACUUAAAAAAUAUAAAGGAGUGCAAGCACGCCUCCUUCUUCGCCUUUUAUACUUUAACUCCUGCUCAGUCGUUGCUAAUUUGGUGGGUCAUCUCUAUUUUUUACUACCAUCAUCGCCUUUGUGUUUUCCGGUCGAAAGAUUCUGCUUCCGUUCCAUGGACUGUGGAGCUGCUGUGGUGGUCGAGAACAUUAUCUCUUCUCUCCUUGAGACUUUGUCCGAGGAACUGGUCUCCCCUAUGCUGCUGGAGUUUGCUCGCAAAGAACAGCUCCAUAACUAUUUCAAUAAUUGGCAAACUAUUCUCCUCAAGAUCCAGGCCGUGCUCGAAGAUGCAGAGGAGAGGCAGUUCACUGAUCGCUUCGUUAAAAUAUGGCUUAACGACCUCAAAGACUUGGUCUACGAUAUCGAGGAUGUGCUUGAUGAUUUUUCCACGGUGGCUCUGCGUAAAAACUCAAAGGAAGAAAGUCAAACAAUCAUCGGCAAGAUACGAAAAUACGUGUAUUCCUUUUUCGAUCAAUUUACUUUUAAAUACUCAUUGGCAGCUCAAAUAAAGGAGAUAACCGCAAGAAUGCAAAAAGUUGUUAAACAGAAAGAUGACCUUGGUUUGAUAGAAAGAAUUGGGGGUAGCCGUAAUAGGGGGCAGCGAAGGAUUGCCAGUACUUCUUUAGUGAAUAAAUCUCUUGUGUUUGGCAGGGAGAGUGACAAAGACUUCAUUAUUAAUAAACUUCUUUUCGGGGAGGAAGAAUCAUGUGAGGGUGGGGUUCGUGUGAUUCCCAUAGUUGGAAUGGGGGGCUUGGGGAAAACUACUCUUGCUCAGCUCGUUUAUAAUGAUGAUAGAGUUAAGACUUUCUUUAAAUUGAGAGCUUGGGUUUGUGUUUCUGAGGAAUUUGAUAUUGUUAGGGUGAUGAAAACGUUGUUAGAAUCAUUGACUUCAAUGGCUUCAGAUAAGAAUGACUUGAACGAGCUGCAAGUUGAAGUGAAGAAGAAGCUGUCUAAGAAUAGAUUUCUGAUAGUUCUAGAUGAUGUUUGGAAUGAGAACUAUAACGACUGGAUGGCUCUUCGCAGUCCUUUUGAAGCAGGUUCUCCAGAAAGUAAAAUCAUCGUUACAACCCGUAAUCAACCAGUUGCAUCAACGAUGGGAACUGUUCCUGCUUUCCAGUUGAAAGAAAUGUCGUAUGAUCAUUGUUUGUCUUUGUUCGCACAACAUGCUCUAGGGAGUACAAAUUUUGAUAAUCAUCCAAAUUUAAAAGUAGUUGGUGAGGCAAUUGUGAAAAGGUGUAAGGGCUUGCCUUUGGCUGUGAAAACCCUUGCAGGCCUAUUGCGCUGCAAAACGGGUUAUCAUGAAUGGGAAAAUAUACUGAAUAGCAAGAUAUGGGAUUUACCAGAAAAAAAUUGUGAUAUUCUACCAGCCCUGAAGUUGAGCUACUAUUAUCUUCCUUCUCAUUUGAAACAAUGUUUUGCUUACUGUUCAUUGUUCCCCAAGGACUAUGAAUUUCAAAAGGAUGAAGUAGUUCAUUUAUGGAUAGGUGAAGGUUUUAUCCAUCAACCAAAGGGAAUGAAGGAAGUGGAAGACUUGGGUUCUGAGUAUUUUCAUGAUUUAUUAUCGAGGUCCUUUUUUCAACAAUCAAGUGUUAGUAAAUCUUGUUACAUGAUGCAUGACCUCAUCAACGAUUUAGCUCAAUAUGUUGCUGGGGAAGUUUGCUUUAGGUUGGAGGACAAGGUUAAUAGCAAUGGGCAGUACAAUGUUUCUGAGAGGGUUCGUCACUCCUCAUUCAUUCGUCAGAAGUAUGAUGUCUUCAGAAAAUUUGAACCCUUCUACAAAACAAAAUGCUUAAGAACAUUCCUAGCUUUACCUGUAUUUGUGCCAGAUCUGGAAGUAGAAUGCUAUUUAACUAAUAAAGUGUUCCAAGACCUGCUGGCAAAACUUGGUUGCUUAAGGGUGCUAUCUUUGACUGGUUAUUGCAUCAGUGAGCUGCCAGAUUGUAUUGGCGAUCUCAGUCACUUACGGUACCUGAAUUUGUCUCGCACUAAAAUUAUAUACUUACCUGAGUCACUGUGUGCUCUCUGCAAUUUACAGACAUUAGACUUGAGUCAUUGUAAGAAUCUUACUAAAUUGCCUCAAGGAAUGGGGAAUUUAAUUAGCCUCCAUUAUCUAAAUAUUGUACGUACUGAUAAUAUGACAGAGAUGCCACUUCAUAUCGGUAAGUUGAUCAAUCUCAAGAAGCUGUCAAAGUUUAUUGUGGCAAAAGGCAAUGGGCGUAGGAUAACAGAGCUGAAAGGCCUGUCUCAUCUUCAAGGGCAGCUUUCAUUAUUUGACCUGCAAAAUGUGGCUGAGAUUCGAGAUGUAAGGGUUGCCAAUUUAAAGGAGAAACGUGGACUUGACGAUUUAAUAAUGAAAUGGAGUAGUGCUCCGAAUGAUAUUCGGAGUGAAGUAGAUGAAUUUGAAGUUCUUGACAUGCUAGAACCCCAUCAAAAUCUAAAGAAACUCAGCAUAUUCUUUUAUGAAGGAUCAAAGUUCCCAUCUUGGAUUGGGAAUCCUUCUUUUGUUAAUAUGGUGUAUCUAAAUCUCUGUGAUUGUUCAAACAUAACAUCAUUACCUUCACUUGGGAGAUUACCUCUCCUCAAGGACUUACACAUUGAGAGAAUGCGUGGAGUAACUCUGGUGGAUUCUGAAUUUUACGGGGCUACUCCUUAUUCUGAUAAGCUUUUUCCAUCCCUAGAGACUCUAACAUUUAGAGAAAUGUCGAAGUGGGAGAAAUGGUUUCAACCUUUGGAGUUUGAAGCUGCAGAAAAAGUAUUCCCCUAUCUUCAUCAACUUGUGUUGCAGAGUUGUCCAAAGUUGGUAGGCGAUUUGCCCAACCUGCUUACUUCCCUCAUAAAGCUUUCCAUUUUUGAGUGCCCAUUGCUCACAGCACCAACUCUGAGUCUCCCAUCUCUUCGUGAGUUGAAUUUAGAACAAUGUGAUGAGCGGUUUCUUACAAGGCUCAAGGACCUCACUGCUCUCACUAGGUUGAAAAUUGAGAACAUUUCCAAUCUUUCUUGCUUACCUCAAGACUUUACCUGCUUGGUAUCACUUCAAGUUCUUGAGGUUGAAGAUUGUGGUGAACUGAGAUCCCUGUGGCAAGAAGGUGCCGGAUUUGAAAACCUUUCUUGUUUGAAGCGCUUAGCAGUCAUAAAGUGUCCUCAACUGUUGCAGUUGAUAGAUGAAGACGAAGAGCUGCCCUCCAGCCUAGAGUAUAUUGAAAUAGAAGAUUGCAGUAACCUGGUGAAGCUUCCAAAAGGGAUGCAGAAGCUUAGAACAUUGAAAGACUUGCAUAUUAAAUGGUGCCCCAAACUAUUGUCUUUUCCAAGUGAAAGUUUACCUUCUCUUCUAAAGAAUCUGGUAAUCUUGGAAUGUACCUCAUUACAGUCUCUACCUAAAGGAGUGGUGCACGAUGGUAGCAGCAGCAUCACCAGAUGUCAUCUUAAACAAUUGGAGAUUGUGGGAUGUCCAUCUCUUUUGUUUCCAUCUGGUGAGUUACCAGCUGCUCUUAAGCGCCUUGAGAUUUGGGAUUGCGAUUGGUUGGAUUAUAUUCCAGAGAGGUUGCUGCCGAACAGUAGGUCACUUGAAUUCAUUCAAAUUGGAAACUGCAAAAAUUUGAGAGCCUUACCUCAUUGCCUGUCCACCUUUGAACAUCUCACAGAGUUGCAUGUAAAUCAAUGCUCUUCCUUGGAGUAUUUCCCAGAAAGCGGGUUGCCCAUCCAUAACCUCAGGGCACUGUUAAUGUUUGAAUGUGAGAAUCUCAAGUCCCUACCCAAUCGGAUGCAUGACCUCACAACUCUACAACAUCUGACAGUGUCUGAUUGUCCAUGUAUAGAGACUUUUCCAGAGGGUGGUUUUCCCCCAAACCUGCUAUCACUUACUAUAUUGGGUUGCAAGCAACUCAAGUUACGCCGUGCAAUGUGGCACCUGCACAAGCUCACUUCUCUUAAAGACUUAAUUGUCGGUGAUUUUGAUAGGGAUAUGGUUUCCUUUCCAGAAGACUUCACGAUUCCUCCAAAUCUUGUCCACCUGCAAAUCCGGGGACUACCUAAGCUGAAAUCUAUAUCUGAGGGGCUCCUGGACCUUAUUUCUCUUGAAGCAUUAGAUGUUUGGAAUUGCCCUAACCUCCAGUGCUUGCCAGAAAAGGGCCUGCCUAUCACUCUCGGUGUACUUCAUAUCAGAAAUUGUCCUCUACUUGAAGAAGAAUGCCGAAAUGAGAAAGGUGCAUAUUGGCCAAUUAUUUCUAACCUUCCUCGUGUGAGGAUAAAUUAUGUUGACAUCCGCUGAACAAGAACAAGCAGAUUGCAUUUCUAGAUGGAUAGCAAAGAAAGGUGCAUAUUGGCCUAUUAUUUCUCACCUUCACUAGUAAGGAUAAUUCAUGUUGACAUCAAGCACAAGCAGAUUGCAUUCCUAGAUGGACAGCAAAAACUAAUUGCUAAUUCCUCCUGUUCAACCGGAUUGCAGGUUUGAUCACCUGUGAUCCUAAAGAAAUGGCUGCUGUUUUACUCGGGAGAUCAUAUGCUAUGUGGUGCCUUCUAAUGUAGUGAUAUUCAGAAGAAAGCCAUCAAUGUUAGCACGUAAUUUAGAUUCUUAGCCGAGUAUUGCCUCCUAGUUCUACAUUACCAGAAUUCUAGAUUCCAGCUAUCUUCUGUUUAUAUGAAAUGGAGAAAGUUUUGGAGUUCAGACGCAAUAAAAGAUAUGAACUCCUCUGUCAUCGCCAUACAGGUAUGGCCGUUGGCAUCAUACUUCUUUUCAAUAUUAGUAAGCCUGCUUGCUCCUUUUUUUAGGUUAACAGAAAAAGGGAAUUUCAGAUGUCAACACUUAACACUUGAAGCGAAAUUUUGUUGAAAAAAAGAAGAAAAAAUUCUCUCAAAUAUGACAAAACGAGUAUAAUGUGCCAUUCUGAUUUCUGAUGUAGAGCUCCGACGUUCCUUGACUCAUCAUUAUUAUAUAUUAAUGCUUUUUUUAACGUUAAUAAUCUUCUAGUGAGUAGUUGAGGUAUUCGUUAUGUAGUCUAAAAGAUGUUUUUAAAGCUUCUGAAUUGGUGGUUCUCCCUACCUAACCCAAACUAGUAUAAAAUUAUUGUCUGCAGUUGUUUUGUCAUCUUUAUUGUUCAGUGCAAUUUGAAGCAUGAUCUCCAUCUUGGAUUGUAGUUCAAACAUAUUCGAUCCAUGAAAAAGAAACAGGUUGCUGCCAUUGGAAGAUUCAUAUGCCGAGGUGAAUCGCCUUCCAAAGCAGUGAUAUCUGGAGGAACCCAUAGAUCAUCAAACAAAUUCCCAUGAAAGUAUUUCCUGAUAUAGCCCACACUACAAGCAUGAUGAGUCGCAGAUCAUUUCUAUUCACUUAUAUUGAUGAUGCUUGAAAGGUUCUGACUCAGGAAAGAUGGAGAUAUUUAAGUUUAUUUUAAAUUGAAAAUUAUUUAAAUAUUAUAGUAAUAAAUUGGUUUGAACGAAAUUUUUUCAAUAAUUUAUUUAAUAAAAUUUGGUAUUUUUAAA